AUGCCUAUUUAUCAGGUAAUUCCUGGGGAGGUUGUCCAGGCUCUCUUUCUAGCUUGUAAGAGUGGUAAUUUUGACUUGGCAGACAAGGAAGUGAGUAAUUUGAUAGCCGAAGGAUAUCCAGCUUCUCAGAUGCUUUCUCAGUUGUAUGACGUGGUUGUUGAGGCGGAUAAUAUAUCAGAUGAGCAGAAAGCAAGGAUAUGCAAGAAAUUUGCUGAAGCAGAUAAGUGUCUUAUAGAUGGAGCGGAUGAGUAUUUGCAGCUGUUGGAUGUGGCAAGCAAUACGAUGCGUGCACUUUGCAACAUGCCACAAGAUUUUUCCUCGGGGUGA